AAUAACCCGGGCUUUCUCGCAGAUUAGACAAGGCAUGAUAUGUGUUUUCAAGGAAAUAGUUCGAAUAAUAUUGCUGCAAACCGGUUUUAUCUCCGGUCUUGUUCAGGUUCCACAGGCUCGCAACACGUGGCAAUCGAUGUCAAAUUUUUGUGUCAAAUUUUCUUUUUGUCGACUACAAGUAAACGAAACGAAGAAGGUGAUUUGCGAUGCUGCAGGGUAUACCAUGCAUCACCGUGACGAUUUUUCUUUGGAUGUCUGUCUCCGCCUCGCCAACAUGCCCAGGUAACAACAUAACCAUCCGGAAUCCAGUAACGGGGCAUGUUCAGUGCCAGAAAUGCCUCGUAUGCCCAGCGGGGCAGGGACUCUCUGUGAACUGUGGUGAUGUAAUUACACCACAGACGGCCAUAGUUUGCAAGCCGUGUGAACAAGGGAUGACUUAUUCAUCCAAAAGCGAGGCUGGUGCAUGCAAGACUUGUACGAAUUGUGGAGAAUAUCGAGAGACCAUAAAAUCUUGUACUCUGACUUCUAAUGCAGUGUGUGGGAAAAACUGCAAGCUUGGAGCUUACCCUGAAGGUAUGGUAGGCAUGUGUAGACCAUGUUCAGCUUGUUGUAACGACGGGAACGAUAUCUUCGAGCCACAAUGCCUAGUGCCAAGGGUGCCAAAAAAUAAACAGUGCAGUGAGCUGAGAUCAGAAAAGUGCAGCAAGAAGAUAGCUUCUGUGAGAGUCAACACAACGGUGGAGGAGAAUCACCCAGCGUCAUCACCAUCAACCCACACAGGAUUACGAAUGUCCCCCCCGGUCACAAGGCGCGCUGCACAGGAUUCAGCCUUCACGAACGAUGUCCCUCUAUCAAAUGGUGCCAUAAUUGGUAUUGUAGUUGGCCUUGUAUUUGUGGUUUUGAUCCUGCCAACGGUUAUCUUUAUCGUAAAAACAAGGCGCAAAUGGCAACCAUGUGAAAAGGCUGAUGAUAAGGAUCGGGAAAUGCAACGUGCCACGGAGGCCAAAGAAGAAAGUGGUGAAUGUAAUAGAAAAGAAGAGCGUGACGAAGCAGGGUCUCCGGUGCCUCGCAUAGGAGGGGUGGAGGAAACAGGACAACCGGGUCCACAUAGCAGUUCAGCUUUAGACCGCAAGCCACUGGAUUCCACUCAAGGAUCACACCUGUAGCCUGAAGCCCAAUGUCAACCAAUGAUUUGAGGAACUGGUCAUUAUUUAUCGCCUGAGGAAGAGGGGUCGGGGGACUUUGGUUGUCGGUCGACAUGAAGUUUACCUGAUCCCCCCCAAAAAUCCUCUGAUCCCACUAACAUUCAGGCGAUGAAGAAUGACUGGUCUGUAACGUCAAAUGUCAAUCACAGAGAGCCCAAAUUGAGGUCCCUAAUCUUUAGCACAGAGCGAUGCAAUGAAAUGAAAAUCCAAUUAAAGGAAACGAAAGAAAUUUGUUGUCCCCAAGGAUCUAGAGUAGGUACUAUGAAGUGUUUCCACGCAAAAAUUGAUUUUCUAGAUUAA